AUGCCCCCUAAGCGAGGAAAGAAGGAGCAGCCAGCCAAAGAGGAACCCACAGUCACAACGGAUGUUGCUGAGGAUGUCAUGUUCACCCAAAAAUCUGCAUUGCUGCUUCAAGACUAUGAACGUGUCUGCCAGGAACUGGAAAACUUGAAAGUGCGGAGGGUGCAACUGCAGGAGCAGAAUGACUUUCUGCAGCAGGAAGCACAGCACCUUCGGUCUGAGAGCCUGGAGUUCACGAGCUAUCUGGGCAAGCGGGCGCAGAAGCGGCAUGAUGCUGUGGUCUCCCUGAGCGAGGAGAACCGGCAGAUGCUGAGGGAGAUCCGGCAGCAACAUCAGGAGAUGCUUGCCCACUUCCGGGAGCAGGAGAAUGCUGUGCGGGAUGAGCUGCUGCAUAAGGAAGCAGAACUGGCUCGGUUGAGCUCAGACCUGGAGGGGCUGGGAGAGAUCCGGGCCCUGCAGCAGAAACAAAUGGCCCGGAUUCAGGAACUUCAGCAUGAGCUGGCAGCUGCCCGGAAGCAGCAGGUGGAGCGCCUCCAGGAAACAAAGGCCCACUUCUUGCGGCAGAAGGCAGCCUAUGAGGAAGAUGCCCGGCAGCAAGUGGAGCGCUUGGCCCAGCAGGCACAAGAAGUGGCAACGCUGUGCCAGCGGGAACACAGCGAGGAGGUAAAACGGCAGAACCAGGAGCUGCGUCAAGAGCUGCAACAGUUGGUCCAAAGGGCGAACGAGCUGCGAAAGCACAAGCAACGGCUUGAGGAACAAACCCAGCGAUUGCGGCAAGAACAUCGCUGUCUGCAAGAGAUAGCUCUUUUGCGCCAUGGCUGUGGGCACCAGGAAGAUAUCUCGUCAAGAAGCAAUGAAACGGGGCAUUCUUCGCCAGGGCAACCUGAGACAGAACAGAAGGGUUUGCUUCGAUCAUCUGCUUGGUCCCCAAGAGAGUCCCCCUAGCGGAAUUAGCUUCCACCCUGUUCUUCUUAUAUGGCUGAAUCAUUCCAUUCCAGACUGAGUCGUGAAGAAGACAGAAUCACUGUCCAGGGCCAAAGCAGCAGGAAACAGCCAGAUUGGUAGGAGAGGCGCAGAUGGCCACUUGAUGUGUUUUUGGAACUGGACUUGGAUUCAGCUGCCUGGCUGGCUAGGUGCCACUCAUACCAUACCAUAGAAAUAUGAAUAUUUUACCAUACAGGGUUGAAGGGUAGAAUGGAGACCAGGGCUUGGCUCAGACAGUCACUCAAAUCCUAGUUUGUCUUAACAAAUAUUGGUUUCAUUUUC